UAUUGUAACCUGGUGACUCUGUUUAUAAUUGCACCAAAAGAGCAGGUAUAGAUGGUAAUGACGCACGGAAAAAUAGCAAAUAAUACUAAAUAUUUAGCUAAUAACACUGAGUAUUUGUCUUGAGUUGAUUUGUCAACUCAAGACAAACAUCGUAUAUGACAAACGCAGGCUACCUUGGAAUCACAAGUACUGUAGUGGUGUCAGGUCCACUUCUAAUCUGAAUCUGAUUGGUUGUUAGUGUUGCCUUUAAGUGCUGUAGGAAUACGGUUUAUAAUCAAACUGUAAAAUAGGAAAAUAUGUAUACAUAUUACGGUACUGUGGACAAACAUGAUGGCUUUCUCAUUAAUUUAGAAAACCAUGUGGUUUACGUAUAUGGACCCGUUGCUCUGUCGAAUAGAAAAUGUCAUAUUCGAAAAAAUCCUCUCUCCCUGAAUGUAACAAUUUCCCAAAAACCAUUGCGUCCUGAGUCAUGUGUCCAUUCAGUAGUCACCGGAAUGUUGACAAGCCAAACGAAAUAGUAACUGUCUGACAGAGAGUAAUAAUAAGCCUGAUAACCCAAAAACAAGCUGCGAAAGACACGAUUUAGAAUCCACAAGAAGCAUGAGUCAACGGAUUAACGAUGUCAUGAAACUGUGUUGCGAGUUAUCUGCCAAUCAGCAAAUCCAGACUACUGUUAAAAACUCGGGGAAGGGGGCAGCAGCCGCUGGAGGACUGGCCUUUGCAGGGGGUGUGUUUGGUGGGCCUCUGGGCAUCGCAGUAGGCGGGGCUGUUGGAGGACUUUUGGGCUGCUGGCUGACCAGUGGUCAGUUUAAACCACUGCCUCAAAUCCUAAUGGAGCUCAGCCCUCAGCAGCAACAGAAGCUUUAUGAAGAUGUCAUGGUUGUCCUGGGAGAUAUCCAGUGGAUAGAUUUGGUCCAGCUUUCAGCUUUGGUGAUGGGUAAUGCUGCCCUGAAGCAGCAGGUAACCUCUGCUCUGUUGGGGUAUGUUACCAAAGAACUCCAGGCUCAGGUACAUUAUGUGGAUUAAGGUGGAUGUGCUGGAAGGUGAGCCUUUUGGAAAUAAUGUGGACUUGAGAAUUUGCUGUGGAAUUACUGCCCUGGAGAAAAGCUAACCUUGUUAGCACAAGUCUGGGUUAUCUUAUCAAGGUAAAUUAAUUAAAAGAAGAGGCCUGUCUGGUUAGACCUUGUCCUAUAAUCUUUUUCAAAGGUUUACAACCACUUAAACAAGUUGAUGUGUUUUGGUUUGUUUUGUUUUUUUUACUGUGAGUGUAAUUUAAUAUCCAUUUUCUACAUGCCGCUGCUCUGACAAUGCCGUUUUUCUAUAGAGCUAGUCAAGAAGUUUUACUAAAGCUGAUAGUAAACAAGUUUAAGAACCAUAGACUUAAUGUCAUAGACCUUUUGACUUCCAUUAGCCUUCCACUUAUCUUUGCUGUAAUACACUAUAUAGACUUGAAUCAAACCAAAUCUACAUAAAUAGCAAAUUGACUUGUUGAGCUUGUAUGGACACCGACUGGAAAAAACAGCAGUGGGUCAUGUCUGAUAUGGAAUCAACAACAGUGCUGCAAAGUUGUAAUAAUUUUAUUUAAGAUAAAAUUAUAAUACAGGAACAUUUUUUUACAAAUGGUUCCCUUUUGCUAAAAAUGUGAUUUCCCUCCACUGUGCAAUUAUUAAUUCCAAACUGUGCUUGGAAUUGAGUCCAUGGGCACUGCUGGAGAAAAAAAAACUAUAUAUUGUGCAGCAAAAUGUGUUAUCAUCACAGGCCUACUUGCACAUCUGCUUAUGGUCCUGGGUUCGGGCCCCAGUGGAACCACAUACAUACUAGGGCCUCCUAUGGCAGCCUUGCAAAGACUCACAUUAUGGGAUGAAUAAUGGCCUUUUAUUUAUUUAUUUUAAAUAUGACUAGUCUAAUGUAAUAGUUGCAGCACCAAACUCCAACACAGAGCGUCUGUCACUGUUCGCCAUUCUAAUGGGAAUGGCCUUUAGCAGCUCUGGCGUCCUGGUUGUCAGGAGGUGAACAUGGUGGUGGGCCUUGUGCAUUCUGCUGCUCAUCAGCUCUGCUCUACACUGGCCAUUUAACAUGCAGAUCACUGGACCAUUGGAUCUGAGAAACUGUUCUGCCUUCCUACGAGGUAUUGAGAGCAUCCUGGAUUGGUAUGGACUUCAUUCUUUAUCCAGCCAUAUUAUAAAAAUGUUGACCCAUGUAAGACCUAAGGUUCACUUUUUUUAAAUGACAGCAGUCUGACCUUAAACAAGGGUACUAAGUUAAAAAGUGGUUAUCAUGUAAAGCAGUAAAUAUGUAUAAUUUGUAUUAUUGAUUUUAUGUACAUAUGGUUACUAGAUACAAUUUAGGGAGGGAUAAAGUACACAUACAUGUGUAUAAUGCAUGCCAAUUACAUCAAAUUGCCACAAAUUAAAUGGAAAAUGUAAUAAUUUGGUA